CAAAACCCCCAUGUGCAUCAAUAAUGAAUUCAUGUGUAUUGACAAAAUCGUCCUUUCUUUCUAAAGAAGAUACAAGUCUAAAAGAAUGAAGAUGAACCUUCAUUGAAUGUCUAUUUGCAAGGGAAAUUUCCCCAUUUUAAAAUCCAUCCGUUAAGAGGGAAGAAGGGGAGAGGACUCAAUAAAUCUCUCUUCAUUAACUUCCCUUCCCCUUUAGAAAACAAAUUAAGACAUAUAGUUUCAAUUAGUAAAGAGGUUUCCUUCCUCUUUUGAGACUGUGAAAAUAAUAAGAUGAGUGCAGGUCCAGGUAUCUACAAUGACAUAGGCAAGAGAGCUAGAGAGGUUCUUCAUCAAUGUUACCCUCCAAAUCCACCUAAUUCCAAUUCCACCCAGACGUUUGACAUGACUCUAGACAGCCGAUGCCAAAUUAAUGGGAUUGUGCCUGGACUUAGAGUGUUUUCUGGGUUAAGGCUUCCUCUAGAGGGCAAGGUAGAAAUGAGGUACCUUCACGAGUAUGGCGGGAUAACAGCAGGCAUGAGUUUGGCAACGGAUCAACCUGUCAUAAAUGCUUCAGCUGUAACAGGGACUGGUAAUUUCUCAAUUGGAGGUGAUCUCGCCUUUGAUAGCUCAACUGGGAUGUUUGAUGAGUACAAUGCUGCUCUUAGCUUCAGCACUCGUACUUUCAUGGCUUCCUUGGCCUUGAAUGACAAGGCUGAUGCUGUAAGAGCCUCUUGUUACUGGUCAGGAAUACCUAAAACGGCAGUUGCAGCAGAGGUGAACCACAGGAUGUAUGACAACGAAACUGGAUUCACUUUAGGUACACAACACUUACUAUUUGGAGGGACAACUGUGAAGACAAGGGCUAGCAGUAAUGGGAGGAUCGCUGCACUUGUGGAGCAGCAGCUGUUGCCAUGGUUCUAUCUUAGCCUAACUGGGGAUGCCAAUGCAAGGGAUGUGUCGAAUAGUGCCUGCAUAGGGGUAUCUGCACUAUUAAUGUCCUCAAUCACUAACGAAGAAAGGAAGAGGCUUUCCAGUCUCAGAAAUGAUCCCAUUGGAGCCGACUUGUCCUUCAGAUUCUCCAUAUACCACACACAGCCUGCACAACACGUUCGUGCUAAACUUAAAACUAACUGAUAAUAAUAUUAAGUCUGAGACUCAAAGGAGACAUUAUAAGUAUUUUUUGUGGCCGGAAUGUUAAAUCAGAACAAAAGUUGCAGCAUUGCUAUCGAUGCUGCAUAUGUUAUGGCCUUUCUUUCUUGCCAGUCCCAAAUGUUACAACAGACUCAUCAUUCCAACCUAUCUAGAAAUUCUUGAAACUGCAAGCUGCUCAUUGUAAUAAAAGCAUAAAGAUAGUACUGUCUAGAGAGGUAGCAUCUAUAAUUAAUGGAUCUCCUCCUGCUCCUCAAUGUUUUCAUUCUCAAGAUUUUGUUGUUACAUCGCUUUAUUUCAUAUAAUACAAUUGUUUGCAUUAGACAAAUUUAUUUAUUUAUUACAGCUAGAGCAAUGUUUCAGCAAUAUUACAAUGUGAUCAUGAUGAGAAUCUCAAUGUACAGGGAAAAGAAACAUUAUAUGUUAUGAUGAAUU